AUGUUAACAUUGAAAGUCGGUUCUGGGUCCUCCCCAUAUAAUCUUCAUAAAUCUGAUAUCAGUAGAUUGGAAAACCUUACUGACAUGCUACUAUUCCUUUAUAUAAUUAUAGAUAAAUAUGAUCUAUUCUUCCACAUUUCAAUGGUCUGCCAAUAUAAAAAUGAUGCUGUAGUGCAAGCAGCUGUUAUGGUUCUGAUGAUCUCUGUUAAGAGUGCUUGUGAAAGUGGGUGGUUUUCAGAUAACGAUUCCGAAGAACUUCAAAAUCUGGCGAAGGAGAUAGCAUGCAAUUUUUCCAGUGUAUCAAAUUUUAACACCGAUCCAACCAGUUCGCAUUGUGUUAUCUCAACAAUUAUGUCGAGAUUUUACCCAACAAUGAAAAUGGGUCAUAUAUUCACUUUUCUUGAAAUUCAGCCUGGAUAUGGUACUUAUGUGCACGACUUCCGGAUUGUGAAGAGUGUUAAGUUUUCUCGAGAAGAUAAAAUUAGGUUAUUUGUUGUGCGAGCAGAUAGCAUUCAGACAUCUUCAUGUCUCUGUAGUCCUCCCAAAGUGACCUUUCUGUUGAAUGGAAAGGGAGUGGAUAGAAGGACUAGUUUCUACACGGAUACUGGACCUCAACUUCCAACACUUGUGACACAUAUGCUGAAAUAUGGAUCAAAUCUUCUUCAAGCUGUGGGUGAUUUUAACGGAAAAUACAUUAUAGCUGUUGCUUUCAUGAGUACAACGUCAACUCCUGAUAUUAAUGUCGUUCAAGAUUAUGUGCAGCAUGCUCCUGCAACCAUAGAUUCUGAUUCUGAAAUUAUUGAGGGGGCAUCACGGAUUUCAAUAAGUUGUCCUAUUAGCUUAACGCGUAUUAAAACUCCAAUCAAAGGACAUUCAUGCAAACAUCUCCAGUGUUUUGAUUACGACAACUAUGUGAAUAUAAAUUCAAGAAGGCCGUCAUGGCGUUGUCCGCAUUGUAAUCAGUAUGUCUGCUUCACUGAUAUCCGCCUUGAUCAAAUUAUGGUGAAGGUAUUGAAAGAUGUUGGACCAAAUGCCAAAGAGGUAAUCAUCUCAUCAGACGGGUCGUGGAAUGCUGUCAUGGAUACUGAUGAUGCUACAAAGGAACCAGAGGAGAAGACCUUCAAUGUUGGACAGGACGUGCCCAGAGGAAUUGAAUCUGCUGGUUUAGCAGAUGCAUCUGUGGAGAUUCUUGAUCUUACAGAAAUAGAUGAUGUGACAGAUGCAGUUGCCACUAGAGAAAGUGAAGACAGAAAACUUUCUCCAACUGCCCAUCAAAGUCUUUCUAUAACUCAGACUCCAAGUGUCAACCCUCAAAUGGCCAACACAAAUGAUGUUAAUCAAAACAUUGCUCAGACUGAUGAUGACUUUUGGUCGGGAAUUUUUUUGUCCACCUAUGAAAUGGGGACAUUAAAUGUUAGAUCAAAUCCACCAAUUACUAGUGUUUCUAAUUGGGAACUUGAUGCUUUCCAAGGAAAUAUUCCUCUCACGACUUUUGUGAUGGAAAGUGAAACGGCUUUGCCAAAUAUUUCGCAACUGCAGCAGUAUCAAUUUGGAAAUCCAAAUAUGGGUAACGAGUACGGUGAGCUCCCUUCAAUAUCCAGCCAUGCAACAAGAACGCCAAUUGCAAUUCAGGCCUUUCCUACACAGCCUCCUACUUCUGUCCUUCAACAGAGAUCAAGAAAUAAUAUGGACGUGUUUAUACAGAAUAGCCCUUCAGCAGCUUCUCAAGCCUCACCUUCUGCACGAUUGUUUGCAGAUGGUUUCUCUACACUCCAUUCAACUUCAUCCCAGGUGUCACGAAUGCCUUCAUCUUCAGUGCAGCAGUACUUGGGUAUACAGCAAAACCGUUCGGUUCCUCCUGUUCUUCCAUCUCAGCAUAAUAUUGGUCUUCAACCUCCCAAUCAGGUGCCAAAUGCUUAUAGAGUUUCAUAUGAACGCCAGAGUUCAAGUCAAUUGCAAAUGGCAAACCUUGCGGCUUCUCAUGCAAUCAAUCAGCCUUUUGGACAAGUCCAAUCAUCAAUACAACCGUCUGCCAAUUUCUUGGGCCCGCAAAAUCAUGGGGUAAGUUCACGAAGUGGGGUUGAUCGGUCAACAGGCAUUGUUGGGAGUCAGCAAUCUCGUUUAAUGGUCCCUAAUCAGAGAAACGGGCCGAUGGCAAGGCGCAUUGAGACAUCGAGAGCUCACCCAUAUUCACUAAAUGCUGAUGCUCAUAGGACGUCUUCUGUUGCUCAUCAGAUAGAGAAUACUGAAGUUACUUCACUAUCAGUCAGGAGAACAGAUACUCGUGAUCAAGCUGACCAAAACUGGAGGCCCACAGCCCGGAUGCGUGGAGCCCUAUCUGGGCAAGCUUAUUCAGAUGCUUUAAACCAAUUUAUUCUUCGGCCAACCCCACAACCUCAAGCUGCUCAACCUAGCUCAAAUGCAGUCUCGCUUCCAGGUAAUGUCCCAGUACCAUUGCAACCUCUCAUGGCUCAGGGUCCUCAACUGCCAAAUUAUCCAUCCAUAGGACAAGCUAGUAGGCCUCGGGUUUCUGGUCUUUCACCUGAGGGAUCUACUGGAAACUGAUGUGUAGACUCAAAGGGAGGUACCUUUGCAGUCUCCAAUGGCCAAAUUUGUCUUCUGCGGCCAUUUGUACAUGUAUCUAAAUGCUUAUGGCAUGAAGACUCGACUUGGGUUAGACUCUUGGUUUCGUGUUGUUUUCUAGACUCAGCGAUUGAUGAAUGCCUUCUUCAGUGGGCAUGAACUCACAUUUUUUGUCUCUAUGUUGAGUUUUGUUUAUGCAUUAAUUCUCCAUCACCAUAAA